UUCCCAUAGAGUCCAUCUUGCCACAUGGACUGCCGAAGAUUUCUUUCCUGAUAAAAUAGCAAGGACAGCGUGAGGCAUGACAAUAUUUACAUCCUGCGCACCAAUAAGUGGUGAGGCCUGACUUAGGGCCAUAGAAGCUCCUUCCACUGCCUGGAGGCAUGGUGGCAUUGUUUGAGCGACAGCAUCUAGUUUACAAGAGUAGUAUGCUACUGGGUGCAGUUUGUCCCCAUGUUUUUGCGUUAACACUGCUGCCAUAUGUCCUUCAGUGACAUGCGUGUACAAUGUAAAAGGCAUUAAUGGAUUAGGAAGUCCCAAUCCUGGGGCAGUACUGAGCCUCUGUUUCAAUGUGGUAAAUGCCUGUUCAUAUUCAAGUGUCCAUUCAGUUGCAUCAUGUGGUCCACCAACACCCUUCAGGAAAUUAUUAAGGGGCUGGACAAUCCUUGAAUAAUUUGGGUUUUGAGUUUGGCAGAAAUUGAAUAGCCCCAACACUUUCCUAACUCCCCUGACCGUAAUUGGUCGUGGGCAUGCAUUAAAAGCUUCAAUGCGGUCAACAGUUAAAACACUUGUACCCUUUGGAUAUUAGAUACCCCAGAUAUGAUACUUCCUCCUUUGCAAUCUGAGCCUUUCUAGCAUUACAUUUUACCCCACUGUCUGUCAAGUGAAGUCUUUCAUGUGCGUUUGGCGAUCUGGUGAGGAGAUAAGAAGAUCAACAUACUGUACAACACAGGAAGCCAUGUCUGGCAGCUUUGCCAGCACAUCAGCUAAUGCUCUAUGAAACAAAGUAGAUGAGUUAUGAAAACCCUGGCUUCGACUACAAAUGCAUGGAAAUUUCCAGGAGGCCUGUCAGACCCAGGUGAAGACAUUGGAAACACAGCAGUUCGAGAGGUUUUUGAAGAGACUGGCAUUAAGUCAGAGUUCAAGUCCCUCUUAAGCAUAAGGCAGCAACAUAGGCACCCUGGAGCCUUUGGGUUAUCAGAUAUGUAUAUCAUCUGUCGCCUGCAGCCUUCCUCAUUCAACAUCAGCUUCUGCCAGCAGGAAUGCUUGAGGUGCGAAUGGAUGGAUCUUGAGGAACUUGCCAAGACCAAAGACACUACUCCCAUCACCAGCAGUGUAGCUAAACUGCUACUUUAUGGAUACAGAGAAGGGUUUGAUAAGAUUGAUAUAACCAUGAGAGAAUUUCCAGCUGUUUACACAGGCCUAUUUUAUAAGCUGUACCAUAGGGAGCUGCCAGAUACUUAUAAAAACACGACAGAAUUCUAAUAAGCUUCACAUUUAAUU